GGGGGGGGUCCCCCGGUAACUUCAGCUACCGAUGGUGCAGUUCCGAGGAUGGUGGGUUAUAUUGUUACCCUCGAAAUCUGGCGCUGUUUCCUGUACCCGAGGCAUCUUUCUCCACACAAAUCGGGGCAUAAAAAGCGGUCGUCGAGGAUUCCAACUUCUUCUCGCCAUGAGUAAAGAGGCAAGUUCGGGGAGCUAUCUACGAUUAUGGAGUCUAAGAAAGUAUCUGUACAGUUUGAGUCGUUUCGUACCAACUUUAUCUCAUUGCCCACCUCAAUGGUGAGCAUGUUGAACGGUGCUGAUAUUCCAUCACAAAGCGUUGUCGUUGAGUUGAAGUGGAAAGAUAAGAGAAACAAUAAGCCUCAUCUCGUGUAUGCUGGAUGGAAUGGACUCCAUACAGACAAAUCUAUUGCUAUUGACCCGACCUUUGCCCAGAGCGUCGAACUCACUGAUAAGCAGCUGGUGGACAUUAAGGUUGACCUGGACAUUCCAGCGGUGUCAACAGUGGAAGUUGAGCCUUUGACUGAGUCUGAUUGGGAAAUCAUAGAGCUACAUGCCGGUGCAGUGGAGAAUCAAAUCUUGUUCCAAACGAGAGCAGUUCAGAUGAAUAAGCCAUUUGUGGUGUAUGCAUCUGAAACGGUCUCUGCAACGUUAAAGGUGACUAAAAUGGACCCUGAGCCGGCAAAUUUAGGUAAGGUGGCUAAACUAGUCAAUGAUACUGAACUGCACGUUGCUCCAAAGACAAGAAGAUCCAGACGUAAGAAGAGCUCUUCUGCAAGAUCAGUCUCCAAUGGACGUCCAGCUAGUGAAUCGGCUCCUUCAGUAUUGGAAAGAGGUAUUGCACUACCUCAUAAGUUGUUUGGUGAUUUUGAAACCACUUCUUAUGAGGUGUAUGCGAACUUUGAUGAGGUUAUGAUUCCUCUACAGAAUGCACAGUUCGUUAACGUCUCCAUCGUUGCAGGUCCCGAUGCACAAAAGACCCAACAAAUUGAUGCAAAGGCUCAGGCCAUAUCGAAGAAAAUCGGUGCAAAGCUGGUUCAUCAUCCUUCUGCUCAAUCCCAAGUUGGGUUAUCCAGAUUAUUGGCCAUUGCACUGGAUGUUGAUGGUGAAAUUGGAUUCAUGGUUAAGUUGGAAAAAGCCACGCCAUCACCAAUCACGAAGUAUCCAACACUGAUAGUGUCACCACUCACGAGUGAAUCUAAACCGGAAUCAUUGAAUGAGUUGAAUAUUAGUAGCACACAGGCUCAAAGAGAAAAGGAGUUGAAAAGGCUGAAAAUACAAAAGCUAAAAGAAGAAAUUAGUAAACACUUCUUUGAUUUGGAAUUGAAUAACACAUGUUUGACCAAAGGCGUCAAAUUACCAAUAUUGGCUGGAUUCCCAGAAGGCUGUGUUUUGCAGUUUAAGGAUCAAUCAACAUUAUUGGCUCCAUCUGGAGAUUCAAAACUGUCCUUUUCCAUAGGAGACGACAUCCUUGUUCCAAAGUCACAGAUCCCUUCUUCCCUCACUGUUAAAUCACCACCGGAUGUGACGAUUUCAAUCGGGACUAAAGAAACGUCUAAAAAGAUCAAGAGAUCGUUGAAAAAGGGCAAAGUUGGUGUCUUGGUUUAUGGACCAGCUGGAUGUGGUAAAUCUCUUAUUGUUGAUGAGAUUACAAAUGAAAUAGCACAGACGGGUACACAUGUUUUGAAGAUUGAAUGUAAUGACUAUUCAAAAGAAUCCGUUCUAAACAUCAAGGAGAAACUUGACCUGUGGUUGAAUAAGUGCGCUUGGUAUGCACCAAGUGUUCUCGUUUUGGAAGGAUUGGAAUUCUUGUUCCCAGUUGAGGCCGAGAAUAUGGACUCUUCUCAAACCAGACAACUAUCAGAGUACUUUAUUCAAGCCUCAAAUACUAUGAUGCAAUCGAGAGCUGUUUCCAUAAUAGCUACAGCAAAAUCUAAAGAAGCUGUUAAUAGUAUUCUAUUCUCCAGUCAUUGUUUUGAAGAAAAUAUUGCUAUCAAAGCACCAUUGAAGGAAGCAAGACAGCAAAUUAUUGAAUACUACCUUCAAAAGUACGGUCUCUUGCUUUCUAAGGAGUUUGAUGGAUCUGAGAUGUCUCAAGAGACUGAAGGGUAUUUACCAAGUGAUUUGAAAAUCCUCGUCGAUAGAAUCAAUCAUGAGGCAAUUUAUGAAGCGAUUGAAGGUGACAGUCCGCUUCCAGAUAUUACUAACAAAUUAUUCACCAAAGCUAUUACUGGUUACGUUCCCUCUAGUUUGAGAGGUGUUAAGCUUCAAAAAUCCACUACAAGUUGGUCCGAUAUUGGAGGAUUAAAAGAAGCAAAGUCCAUCCUUCUAGAAUCGUUGGAAUGGCCAACCAAAUAUGCGCCAAUUUUCAAAGCAGCAACUCUUCGUCUUAGAUCUGGAAUCCUUUUAUAUGGUUAUCCGGGCUGUGGUAAGACGUUACUGGCAUCUGCUGUUGCAGGUCAAUGUGGGUUGAAUUUCAUCUCCGUUAAGGGUCCUGAAAUCUUGAACAAGUACAUCGGUGCCUCUGAACAGUCUGUUAGAGAACUUUUUGAAAGAGCCCAAGCUGCAAAACCCUGUGUCUUGUUCUUUGAUGAAUUCGAUUCGAUUGCUCCAAAAAGAGGACAUGACUCCACAGGUGUUACUGAUAGAGUCGUUAACCAAAUGCUUACGCAGAUGGAUGGUGCUGAAGGAUUGGAUGGCGUGUAUGUCUUGGCUGCAACUAGUCGACCAGACUUGAUUGAUUCUGCCCUGUUACGUCCUGGAAGAUUGGACAAAAGUGUCCUGUGCGGUAUGCCGGACUUUGAGGAAAGGUUGGACAUUUUGAGAGCCAUAACCAAGACAAUGAAUCUUGCUGAUGACGUUUCACUGGAAGAGAUUGCAGAGAACUCUGAUGGGUUCUCGGGUGCUGAUAUGCAAGCCCUGGGUUACAACGCAUACUUGCAAGCCGUUCAUAAGAAAUUAGAGCUUGACGAGGCAGCUUCUGAAGGUGCCGUCAAAGCAGAAAAUGAUGAUGUCCAUGAAUUCUUCCAAGUAUCAUUGGAUCAAUUGAAAGCCAAUUUCCAUCUUAAGCCUUAUGAAAGAACAAAGGCCUUGAGACAAAUUGAACCUUUAUUGAAAAAUUUCAACGCGACUUCUCAAGAGCUAAUUUCUACAGAUAAGUCUAGUGACGAAGACAACGGUGUUGCCAUUCAACACAGCGACUUUGUCACCGCAUUGGACGGAACCAAACCAAGUAUUUCAAACUCGGAGAAGAGAAAGUUGUCAUUGAUUUAUGAAAAGUUCGUGGCUGCUCGUGAUGGGAACAUGCAAGACGGUACAGCAAGCACAGAAGUUGGUGGAAGAACCACUCUGGCAUAAUUUAAUAAUAUACAUCAGCAAUAUAUUGAGGAUGU